AGGAGAGCAGGGCCAGGUCUGACUCACAGGCAGCUUAUCCCCUUGUCGGCAUCACAAUCCACACCUUCACAAGUUCAGGCGGCCCAGGCCCAGCGGGUGAGCAGCUCCCUGCUCCACUGUCACUUGGACAACAAAAGGAAGAAAGGUCUCAUCCUGAGGAUUAGGUAAGGAUCAGAUAUUGAUCUUUGUGGACCUUCAACCUGUAACAUGCGUGUAUGCAAACAGCUUCCAAACAAGAAAAACUAUUCAACGUGAAGUCCCACAAAAGACGAUGAUAACGUGUGCCAUAGCUUGAAGAAAAGGACUAAUAAUCUUGACGAAGCCAAAACACAGCCCGAAAACAAAACAAAACAAAAACAUGCUGUGCACACCAAGAGCUGUUUAAGAAAGAACAACCUUCGGGAAGAAAUAAGUGCUUCUAAAACUGAACACAGCAAAAGUAUGGAUAUGGGAAAUCAACAUCCAUCCAUCAGUAGGCUUCAGGAAAUCCAAAAGGAAGUGAAAAGUAUAGAACAGCAAGUAAUUGGCUUCAGUGGUCUGUCAGAUGACAAGAAUUACAAGAAACUGGAGAGGAUUUUAACAAAACAGCUUUUUGAAAUAGACUCUGUAGAUACUGAAGGAAAAGGAGACAUUCAGCAAGCGAGGAAGAGGGCAGCACAAGAGACAGAGCGUCUUCUCAAAGAGUUAGAGCAGAAUGCAAACCACCCACACCGGAUCGAGAUACAGAACAUUUUUCAAGAAGCCCAGUCCCUGGUGAAAGAGAAGAUUGUGCCCUUUUACAGUGGGGGCAACUGUGUAACCGAUGAAUUUGAAGAAGGCAUCCAAGACAUCAUUCUGAGGCUGACACACGUCAAGACCGGGGGGAAGAUCUCCCUGCGCAAAGCAAGGUAUCACACUUUAACCAAAAUCUGUGCGGUGCAAGAGAUUAUCGAAGACUGCACGAAAAGGCAGCCUUCCCUGCCGCUCUCCGAGGACGCGCAUCCUUCGGUUGCCAAAAUUAACUCUGUGAUGUGUGAGGUGAACAAGGCCAGGGGCACUCUGAUUGCCCUGCUGAUGGGAGUGAACAAUAAUGAGACCUGCAGGCACUUAUCUUGUGUGCUCUCGGGGCUGAUCGCGGAUCUGGACGCUCUGGAUGUGUGCGGGCGGACGGAGAUCCGAAACUACCGCCGGGAGGUAGUGGAAGACAUCAACCAGUUACUGAAAUAUUUGGAUUUAGAAGAGGAAGCAGAUAGCACCUACGCAUUUGACCUGGGACAGAAUCAUUCCAUCUUAAAGAUAGAAAAGGUCCUCAAGAGAAUGAGAGAAAUAAAAAACGAGUUCCUUCGAGCACAGAAUCCUCCUGAAUUGUACCUGAGCUCCAAAACAGAAUUGCAGGGGCUGAUCGGACAGCUGGACGAGGUAAGUCUGGAGAAGAACCCUUGCAUCCGGGAGGCUCGGAGAAGAGCGGUGAUCGAGGUGCAGACCCUCAUCACUUACAUCGACUUGAAGGAGGCCCUGGAGAAGAGGAGGUCCUUCGCUUCCGAGGAGCACCCGUCCCAUAAAGCGGUCUGGGACAUCCUGGGAAACUUGUCCGAGAUCCAGGGAGAGGUUCUUUCAUUUGAUGGGAACCGAACGGACAAGAACUACAUCCGGCUGGAAGAGCUGCUCACCAAGCAGCUGCUCGCCCUGGACGCCGUGGACCCUCAAGGGGAAGAGCAGUGCAAAGCCGCCAGGAAGCAGGCGGUGAAGCUCGCCCAGAACAUCCUCAGCUAUCUCGACCUGAAAUCCGACGAAUGGGAGUACUAACGAACCACAGGCCUCACGGUGGCGAGUUCUGCUCUGCACUUUAUGUAUCCUUCUGUGUGUUUAGAGAGAGCUUUCGGUUCGUGGAGCCGAAACGGAGUUUAUACGUGCAUAUUUCAAUCUCGCUAUUUAUGAUUUAAGCAAAUUCUAUUCGGUAUCUCUGCUGCUUUUGAUGUUGCAAAACGAAUAUGAUUACAGCACAUUAACUUUUCCAUUUGGAUCAUUAUUUGUAUGUUGUGGUGUGGUUUUUGGCGUUUUUUUUUUCAUCAGAAAGUGGAAUUGGGCAGCUCUUGUGAUCUCUAAGUGGGUUGUGCAGGCAUUAAAAUGCAGACAUUUCAGGAUCUACAUGUAGGCAUAACCUCAUACGAUACUAGAACAAUUAUGAGAAGGGGGAAGAUUUUUGGUUAAGUGGAAGUAACGUCCAAACACAAAAGCAAUACAGUGAUGUGUUUUAUUAUGCUGAGUAGAGCAGAAGGCUUUUUUUUCCCCCUUAAUUUCUAAGGCCUGAUUGGUCCAACCCAAGUUAAUAGGGUGGGGGUUUUUCUGUUUGUUUUCAGAUUUUCUGUUUUUCUCAUAAGCGUUUUUUGUUUGAAAAAUGGUGUCUGUAUUUUCCCCCAUACUCUGCACUUAGAGGGGAAAAUCUUAUUUUUGUGUGCAACGUAAGACAAUCAUGAAAGCUAGUAGCAAAGAAACCUUUGAGACUGCAUCGAAGAAGGGAUCAAACAUCAAAUUGCCUUCAAGUUGCCCUUGUUUGCACAACCUGAAUCUAUAAUUUUCCGUAGUAAUUAGUAAGGAUGGGAACAUUUAGGUAAGGUUAAGAGACCUUUAGAAAAAAAAAAGAGAAAAGGAAACACCCUUACGUGUAGCAGGGUGAUGAAAACCGGAGAUUAGUUACCAAUGUCAGGCUGCUAACACUAAGCCAGCACGUCUGAACGUGGUGCGGCAUGGGCUGCCUCUGUCGUUCGAGACCGUGUGAUGGACAGACUCCCUGGACCCACCUGCUGCUAUCAUACAGCGUCUGAGAGCAGAACCCGCCGGGAGCUGCGUGGGACCAGAUGUUUCCAGCUUGUCUGAGGAAGUUCGCUACUCGCAGCAUCCCACACCCUCGCACUCUGGGACGAAGCCGCAAAACAGCUCUGAGCACCUGCCGCGCUCCUCAGCUCGUGUCACUGGUCCCCGGGUGUUUCUCUAGUGCCCUCGAGAGCCAGUCAGGUCUGUCCACGCGGGACGUGUCUUUCCUCCUGCUGAAGGCAUGCGUCUUUCUGUCAAUGCUUUCUGAGGAUUCAGUUUCAUGGCUGCCAGUCUAUGGGAACAAAAGAACUUCCCAAAGUUCUGAAGUGCCUCCAUGACAUGUCGGUCCCAGUAUUACAACAGACAGACUACUCUUUUCUGUUCCCACUUUUCACAGAAGAAUCCUGUCAGAGCACAUCUUUUGGACCCUAUAGUCUGUAAUUUUCUCUCAGAGAUACUAAUUUGGUAACUGUAAGCAGCUAAAAGUAGGAGAUAAGGGAAUAGCCCUAAAUACCUAAAAAUGAUAAAAGUGUGGCCCUAACAGAUUUUCACUUUGUCCCAUAAUGAAAAGCCCUUGAUGUGUCUUUCCUGCUACAAGUGUUCUAGAUGCAGUGGGCGGUGGGGUCAGAGGCACUGGCACAUGUGCACAGGGCUUUCGCGUGUUGGGACCUUGAGCCCCUCCCUCCCUGUGCACACCCCGCCCCCGGCCCCUGCGGGUUCCCAGUGCAGGUCGCUGGCAGCUCAUUUUGGCCAAAGUCCUUUUAGGCCUGCUGUUCUGCACGCUAAUUUUAGGGCCCUUUUAAGUCUCGGAGCUUUUAAAUUCGGUGCCGUCUCAGUCACCCCGCUGGGAGAUCAGGGCUGACUCCGCCGCCUUGGGCGUAUCCUGCGCAAGGCUCUACUUCAAUUUCAACGUCAGAUUUGGAAGUCUGGCGUCAGCAUUUCCUUCACAGGCAUCCAUUGUUCUUUGAAAAGGGACCUUCCGGUGCUGUUCAUUGCAAACAAGGUUCGCCGUAGCUCUGGCGGCGCUGGCCCGUGUCGCUAAGCCCGGAGCGCUGGUCCGAGGGCACCGGUGUCUUGCGUGGGGCCAUGCGGAUUUCCCGCGUGGGUUAUUUUGGUCGCGGAGGUGAUCGGGUCAGCCUCGAGUGGGCGUUCGGGCGCGACGUUUCCUGUCUCCCAGCCUGUUCAAGUUCCUUACGCCUGAUUAUUCUCCCUGAAGGAACCCUGGUGACGCUUCCUGUCGCCCGCAGGGCGGCGUCUGCUAGUGGGGCCUGCCGCAUGUAACCAUAAACUGGGCUCGUUACAUUGUAUUGUAUUUUCGUGACCUUACGUGAGGAGAACCUGUCCUGGAAGUAAAUCCUAGCCCCCAAAACGUUUGGCCUUGGGUCUGCGUUACACGGUAUAGUCCAUGUUCAAGCAAAAACUGGCCGGGAGUGUUUGCUUUCUUUACCUCCGGUGCAGACAGCUUUGCCUUCAGGGCGGUCCUUACCCAAAUUAGAUUAAAGUCAACCGACCUAUAAUGAAGUAGUUGUGAAAAUAAAGGUAGUGAGUCUCCGCAGUACAGUGGGAUGCUUUAUUUUGCUACCACGACCGACGCCUUGGCCUUGGCGUGUGGUGUAUCUGUUACAAGGUAUCGUGUGUGAGACGGGGAGGGGGGGGGCAUCGCUUUUUCUCAUGUUUUACUUUGCCAGUUUUUAUCUGGUUUUUGAAAGUCUAAGCUUAUCCUAUACACACAGGUUAUUUUUGAGCAAAGCUUUUCAGCUUUUAACGUGUCUAGUAUUUUUCUAAGAAUAACCGAAGAACUAUUUGCCAUUGGUUUUGAUGUACAAUACAGAUGUGUUACCCCAGCGUGUUGGUUCCUGUCCCCUCUCUAUUCGUUGUAUGACUAUUGUAACCGUAUGUCUGAAAUAAUGCAGUAUUUUGAGAUAUUAGUGUGCCCUUAAUUAUUAAUGAAAUAAAAAUCUCCUAGCUUAUCUUUGCAGUGGAGAAAGGAUGCGA